AUGAUACCCAACCGGUUCAACUCUCGAGCACUCUCUAUAAAAGACCUACUGCUGCCUCCAGAAUCUGCCACACAGCAGCAAUUGAACGCGGUGUCACCAGGAUCUACUGAAGAAGCCAUUGUGACUCGAAGCACGGAUCCUGAAGAAGUGAACACAUCCCCUUCCGCUAAUGCAGCUGAUGCGAAAAGAAUUCCUUGUCAAUGGGACUUUUCUGGCUCCACGGCCGCAGCUCGUAAGCGGAAAUAUCAGGCUCAGGCAUCACAAAGACAUCGCGAUCAGAUCAAGCAGAAGCAGAGCUUGAUGGCCAAUGUCGCUGCCUACUCGGGCGAGGUUGACAAGCUUUCGUAUUUGGUGUCACAGCAAAGAGCGCAAUUGCAUAUGCUGAAUAAUUUCAAAGAACUUGUGUGGGCCAAGGAUACAGAUCGUGCCCUGGCAUUUCUCGGUCGUCAUCCACAGCCACUCCUGUUAGAUUCUCGUACAUACAGGUCUAUCAAACAUUUUGUUAGAUACUGUGGCAGCUACCUUGCCUCAAUGCCGUGGAGCAACCCUUGCAUGGAUUUUGAAGUGCAAUUCAACGACGGAACAGCAGGGCAGGUGAGAUGGCAAGUGAAAGUGCCAUUGCGGUUGCAGGCUGCGCCCGAUUUCCAAAUCCAGGAGGAAGAAGAAAAAGCCGAGUUUGCUAAGAGUCUGUUGCCUACGGUAGAGUGGGUGUUCUUCGAAAGUUUGAAUAUCGCCAAAGAAAAUUCUAUGCAGUUGGUUCCGGAUAGGAUGAACACGAGUUUGGUUAUUCUAGAGAAUGCGGUUUUUUAA